UUUCAUGUUCAUAGUUUAUUUGUCUUGUCCCUCCUGGUUGAUUGACGAGCAACAAUGAGAGAAGCAUCGAUAAACCCCCGUCCCUGCAGACCGGAGGCCGUCAUUAGUUCAACCCAUUCACGGUAACGGCCUUGAUCACGAGCAUCAGUCCUGUUCUGGGGGAGGGGGGGGGGCAGAAGCGCAUCAGGAGGAGAAGUGUUUGGUGAGUUUUUGCGCAGCUGAAUGUGUGACUGUGUGUGUGCGUGCGCGCGCAUCGUGAACGCGUGUUUGAGAAAUCUGCCAGUGAGGGAGCCGCGGCCUCCGGCAGCAGGAGGAAGUCGCUGCUAGAAGCUGGGGGAUUUAUUUUAGUCCAACGCAAAGCAGCCCCAGUUUAGCGCGGCGGCCGCGUAUCAGAGCGUCAAUCAGAGUCUCUGAGGCUGAAACAUCACGAUGCGCUCGUGAGGGAGGGGUCAGAGCGCGUGCGCGUGACACAGGCCGUGAAAGGGACUUGGUUCGGGCGGAGCGGUUCUGGGAGCGGGACACGUGUGCCCACAGCGGCCCCGCUUAUCUGCGUGAGCUGCAGCUGAGGCAAACAGCGCGUGUUCCCACAGCCGCGCUUUGCUUUCCUCAAAGAUUUGCAGUCAGAGCGGACAGAUUUCAGCCGGAGAGUUAGUUGCUGUUCCUCCUGUUGCCUCAAAUAAACCGCUUUGUUUCUUUCAUUUUGCAGAAUGAGCGCGCGCCUGGCCCCGCGCGGGCCUCCGCGCUCGUUUGAGUGAUGUGGCUGAAACAAUCAGGAUGAAGUGGGUAAGGUAAGCCGAAGCAGCGGCGCCGUAACCGAUACCGGGCGCUUCGCCGGCUGGCAGCCGUGCGCGGCGGCCCCGCGCGUCUCAUUAACGGGAUCACGUUACAACCGGCCAAACAAACGGGACAUUAUCCAUCUCAGCCUGCGCACGCGCCUGUGUCAUGCCUCAUGAUAAAGUAACCGGAUGAGAACCCCCCCCCCCCCUCAUAACGGAGUCUUUAGCUGUAAGUUACGAACUUCAGCGUCGGUGUUUUGCGCAUGCGCAGCAGCUGUCAACUCCCCAGGCUGAAGCGCGUUAGAGUUUAAAAGUGCUGUAAGCCGCAAACAUCUGACACGCGAGGCGCGGGCUUGUGAUUGAAACAUCUCCAAUCGUUUCUUCCGACACGCUGUCCAGCCUCUGAAGUCCUGGUCCUUGGCCACAUGCCCGGCGACACCUGGUAAAGCCGCCGGCUUCUUUGCGCAUGCGUAAUGGCUGGCCAAAUAAAACAAUCUUAACAGCGUCUGACAGCCACUGACGGUCCAAACCCCAGAGAUAAAGGAAGCAGAGGGACACUAGGCCAGCAGCUGCAGCGACAUGCCGAGGUCCUUCCUGGUGAAGAGCAAGCGGGCCCACAGCUACCACCAGCCGCGCUACCCGGACGAUGACGGCGGCCCGCUGGACGCCAUCCUGGCUCACGUUUGCGCAGAGAGCAGGUGUCCGAGGGAGUUCGGCUCCAGCGUGGAACAGCAGGAAGACGUGAGCGGCCGCGCUGACAGCCUCAGCCUGUCCCCCGGGACUCGGCUGCGGUCUCCGGGGUCCCUGUCCUCCAGCUCCCCGCUGAGCUGCGCUGGCAGCGCGGGAAGCGCGUGCGAGCGCUCCUCCGACUGUGAUUUCUGGCGUCCGCCGUCUCCGUCCUCCUCACCAGGUUCUGAUAAAUGCUCCCCCCCCGCGCCAGAGGAGGGCUUCGACCUCCCGCUGUUCCCCUUCUCCUGGUCUGCGUACUCCGGCUCCAGCCUGCGGAACCUGGUUCCGCGGCCGUUUCUGCGCCACCCGCGGGCCCUGGGGGGCUCCCAGCCGCCCGCCGGCAUGUUCGGCGGGGAGGAGAGCAGCGGAGAGCGGCUGUACGCGCAGCGGGGCCUCGCGGCUGGAGGCCUCCGGGACUACUCUCCGACAGGCCGACAGCUCUGCAGGCUGCGGGACGGAGACGCGCUGUGCGGGAACGUGCGGCCGCAAAGCCGCAAAAUCAAGGCUGAGGAUGACUUCCUGCACCUGGAGGCCAAUGGAUCCUACAAGUGUAUAAAGUGUAUAAAGGUUUUCUCCACGCCUCACGGCCUGGAGGUCCACGUUCGGCGCUCACACAGCGGGACGCGGCCGUUUGAGUGCGGGAUCUGCGGGAAAACCUUCGGGCACGCGGUGAGCCUCGACCAGCACAGAGCGGUCCACUCCCAGGAGAGGAGCUUCAGCUGUAAGAUCUGCGGCAAAAGCUUCAAGCGCUCCUCCACGCUCUCCACGCACCUGCUCAUCCACUCGGACACGCGGCCCUAUCCGUGCCAGUACUGCGGGAAGAGGUUCCACCAGAAAUCGGACAUGAAGAAGCACACCUUCAUCCACACAGGGGAGAAACCGCACAAGUGUCAGGUGUGCGGGAAGGCCUUCAGCCAGAGUUCCAAUCUGAUCACGCACAGCCGGAAGCACACGGGCUUCAAGCCGUUCGGCUGCGACCUGUGCGGGAAAGGCUUCCAGAGGAAGGUGGACCUGCGGAGGCACAAAGAGACGCAGCACGAACUCAAAUGAGCGGGAACCUGCUGAUGCAGCACAGAUGCUCCCGUUUUAGUGUGGGGGUGUGGUCCCCUUUUCUUAGAAUGCUAUUUAACUGUUCUGACACCUUUCUUUAUUUAUGUCCUGAUUUUAACCUUUGUAAGUAUGAAGAUAAACUUCUCACCACAACCUCUGA